UAGAUCAGAGUUACGAUUCCUGGGUGGCUGAGGUAGCCAUGAGUAGUCGAGAGGUGGUCGUUCUGAGUGUGGGAGGUGUGAGAUUUGUAACCCGGGCUUUUACCUUGCAGCAGUUCCCGGAGUCCAGGCUGGCACGGAUGUUGAAUGACGAUGACCGGGAAUUUAAACUGGUGAAUGGAGAGUUUUUUGUGGACAGAGAUGGAGCUUUGUUUAGUUACAUCAUGGACUUCUUGAGGACUCUCCAGGUCUCCUUACCAACUGAUUUCUCAGACUAUCAGAGGCUGCAGAGAGAAGCAGAAUUCUAUGGACUCUACCCCCUGGCCAACCUCCUGAGCCAAGAACAUUUGCUGAAGCCGAGGCGGGAGAUCUUGGAAGUGCGUUUUUCUCCCCAAGAAAUGCAGGCCUUUUUCCGGAUCUUUGGUUCCUGCAGUACCACCAUUGAGGCACUAGCUGAGCAGAUCACUGUGUUUACAGGGCAGCAGUCAGGACAGGGCUGGAACAGCCCUUUUCCUUCUCAGAAACCACUUGUUCCGCUGCCUUUGGAAAGACCUUCUCAUCAUGACAUGGUUUUUCUGUGUGGUACUGAGUAUUCUGCUAGUGACCAGUUUGUGGCCAGGUAUGUUUCCAUAAAACCUGAUAAUAGAAAGCUGAUUAAUGGUACUAAUGUCCUAGGCCUGCUGCUUGAUACUUUACUCAAAGAUGGAUUUCGCCUCAUAAGCACCAGGACAGUCGUCAGUGAAGAGAAGGUUGAAUGCUACACUUUUGAGAGGAUGAAGAGGGCAACAGGCCUUACCAUCACAGUGAACCAAACCCCAGGAAGCUCUGGGGUAGCACAGGCAAGGAGAAGCCAAGUGCAGAAAGGGAAAUAAAGGCUUUUCCUUCCAUCUUUUGAAUGUAGAAG